AUGGCUAACCCAGGAGAUACAGAACUGGUAACUGAUACCCCGAAGCCAGUUAAGGAAAUUCCUGUGGUACAAGACCAUGGCAGCUUUAAACACGACACCGGCGAUAUUUAUGAAGGCUUCUUUGAGGCUAAGAAAAAGGAUAAAAGCGUAAAAAUGCACGGCCCCGGCACUUACACCACAGCAGAAGGCGACACUUAUUUCGGGGAAUGGGAUGCAGACCGUUUAGGAGUCAAUGAAGAUGUUUGCAUUAAAUUUACUGAUGGUUCAAAAUAUGUGGGAAAAAUUAAAGACUGGUCGUACAGCGGUCGAGGAAAAUACUUUUAUCCAGAUGAUAGUGUCUUAGAAUGUGAUUUUAGCGAAAACACACCUGUUGGAAAUUUGACUCUAACCGAUCCAAAUAAUCAUAAAUGGUUAGGCAGAGCAGAACAAGGUUACGGCUGGUUUGAACCUGUGAAUCAUUUCUAUGAAUAUUUGGAGAAAACAAAAGAAAGUAAAGUAAAGAAGCGCAGAACUACGGACGUGGGCGUACGUUCUACUUUGUCGAAUAUUAAAUCUGUCGAUUAG